AUGCUCGUCGCUCGGAGGUGGUGGUCGCGGAUCGACGUCUGCGCGCACGCCCCGCGAGCUGCGUCGGCUGUUUCGUGGGUGCUUCACCGGGACGCCGACGUCCUCGUCGUGGACAAGCCCGCGGGGGUGCCCAUGCGUUCCGUACAUGGCGUCAAGGGGGUCGACGCCUUCCUCGCCGACCUCAGGUUCGAUCUCGCGCAUCCCCCGAUGACGGUCCACAGGCUCGACAGGGACACCACCGGGUGCCUGAUACUCGCGAGGACCCGCGAGGCGCAGAGGACGCUCGCGGGGUACUUCCAGGACCGAGCCCGAGUCGCCCGUCGCGGAUCGGGCCGAUCGACGAAAACGACGAGCCCAGAGAGCCUCGGCGACGUCCGACGCGUGUACUGGGCGCUGGUGUCCGCUACAUCGACCCUGGCGUCGCGCGGGACGAUCGACGCGGCGCUCGUCACCACGCACGCGGGCGUCACCCUCAAACCGGGCGCGGGCGCCAAGCCGGCGGCGACGGACUACGAGGUCAUCUCGCGAGCAUCCCCCGACAGCUGUGCGCCCACCGCGGCGGGUCGCGUUCCCGCCGUGCUCGCUCUCGUUCCCCGCACGGGCCGGAAGCACCAGCUGAGGGUGCACUGCGCGGGGGCGCUGGACGCGGCGAUCGUGGGCGACUACAAGUACGGGUACAGGGACGUGAGCAGGACGGGCGGCGUCGCGGACGAUUGGAGGCGAGUGCUGCGCGACAUCGACGAGAGGAGCACUCGACGAUUGAAUGACGCGGGAACGGCGGAUGGGGAAGUUCGCGGGGCGGGCGUUCCGCUGCACCUGCACGCGAGGUGCGUGGAGUUCACGCAUCCGUCGAGCGGGGAGCGCGUGCGGGUGGUCGCGCCGGCGCCGUCGCACAUGUCGCUGGCGUGCGAGGCGCUCGGCUUGGCUCUGGACGGCGGCGACGACGACGGGUUGGGACUUUUAUUACAUUUCAAUCGUCGGUGA